GGCUGACUGAGGGAAAUCUGUCUGGAGCAGUUGGGAGGCAGCAAGCGCCUUUCUGACCGUCUUUGGGGACGAAUAAAAACGAUAGCUAGAUAAACAAAACCAUACGAUACGGCAUUCAGGUCUAGGAACCGUAUAAUAAGCACUCUGAAGAUGGUCUGCGGAGGAUUUACAUGUUCAAAAAAUGCUCUUUGUUCUCUUAACGUGGUCUACAUGCUGGUGGGCCUGCUUCUCAUCGGGGUGGCGGCCUGGGGCAAAGGCUUUGGGAUCGUCUCCAGCAUCCACAUCAUUGGUGGGGUGAUUGCUGUGGGUGUCUUCCUUCUCCUCAUCGCCAUCGUGGGGCUCGUUGGGGCCCUCAACCACCACCAAGUCAUGCUCUUCUUCUACAUGGUCAUCCUCUUCCUGGUGUUCCUUUUCCAGUUUGGAGUGUCCUGUUCCUGCCUGGCGAUGAACCGCGAACAACAGGAGAAGCUGCUGAACGCCACCUGGGGGAUGAUGGGUAACGGGACACGGGGGGCUCUGGAGAAGCAGCUGGACUGCUGCGGCCUCUUCAACACCACAGCCAGCCAGGCACAGUUUGUCAGUGAAGUCCAGUCCUGCAUCGCUCCAUGCAAACGCACAAAGAAGUGCUACACCUGCGGGGGGCUGAUGCUGCAGCACUCCGCUGAAGCGCUGCAGAUCCUUGGGGGUGUAGGCCUCUUCUUCAGCUUCACAGAGAUCCUAGGCGUGUGGCUGGCCGUGCGCUACCGGAACCAGAAAGACCCCAGAGCAAACCCCAGUGCCUUCCUAUAGGCACACACAGACGAAAUACACACAUACUCAUAGAUACACACACACGGUACAUACACUAUACAUGCGCACACGUUUGCAGUACACACACACACAAGUAGAAAUAAAACUGGACACGCUGACAAACGCACAAAUGCAGCACAUACAACACUCAGACACGCACUCACAGGCACAGACGUGGCCACAUCAACACAUAUUUGCACAGAAUUGCUCUUGUCCUGCGAGAGAGAACACCAACACACACCAGCAGAUGCUCAGCACUGAGCCUCUAUUGGUCAUUUUGUACUGAGCCCUAAACUGUAUAUGUGCGAGUCUGUAUAUGUAUCUGCAUAUCCAUACACAACACAUACAUACAUGCACACACAUAUGCAUAACUAUGUAUUUAUGUCCAUAUGGUACUGAGCUCGAAGUCAACAAGCACAGCGCGUGCACAUCACACACUAAUAGCCCCGCCCACUGCCAUUCCUGACAAGUCUCUUCACUCAUGCAUGAUUGGAUGGUCAUCUAUUCCCUCCUUUCCCAGCACCAAUAGCCGGCUUUGCUCACACCCUGGCUCUGCCCCCCCCUUCUGCCAUCCUUGACAUGAGUGGAUUACAUGCAGGAUGGCGACCCUGCAGUGCUGAAGACCAGUUUCUUUACAGAGGAUGACGAUUCUUCGGCCUCUGGAAUUGAGUACAACACCCCCCCCCAGCACAUGGCAGCUCCCCUCCUCCUCCCACUGUGACUGUAGCUUUUCUCCCGUGCUUCUCACUCCGCCCCCCAGACAAAAUCUGGGGGGGGGGGGGUUCGGUCUUGAUGGGCCAUCUCUCCCGCCCGGACUCUUGGGAGAUGCCUGCGAUUGGUGCAGCCUGCGGAGCUCAGACUGUUAUUGCGGUAACCAUACAGCAUUGACUGGACUGGGGCACACCCACACAUGCUCAACUCACAUUCAAACCGCUUCACUGCACUUUAAGUUUGCUGUCAUUUCCACGCGGGUUUCCCUUAUCGGGCCUCUAUCAGUCCAUUCAGCGAAAAAAUGAAAAAAGCCUCCACAUUUUACAGGAAUGCACACUACACAAGUCAUCCCCUACUAGGUAGAAUAAUGAAAACUACAGUGGAUGAAAAGGGAGACCAGAACUUUGCUAACACAGGAUGGAGUAAGGCAUUAUGGUUGAUGUCAGCUACGGUAAUGCACUCUCACAACAACAGUCUCCCACAGCCCAACUUUACCAUGUUUUACCGCAACUGUUGCAGGGAUGCCUCUUCCUCCCUCGGCACGGGGGAUUUUCCCUAAACCCUUAAUUAGAUAAUAGGAUGAAGCCGCACUUUGACUGAGCUUGUUAAAUUUAAACGCUUAAUCCGGGUUUUAUUUAAAGAGUGUUACCUCGGCAACGCCGCAUUCCUGCCCGACCCGCGCAGCUCACUGACUGGCAGCAGCCACCAUUUCAUCCUUUUCUCAAUCAGUGGAGGGCCGCAGGGGCUCCAGCGUCCCUCCCUCUUUUUUGGUGAAUUACGGGGACAUUCCGAGCUGCCAUUGCCCCCCCCCC